ACCCACAUGUCGUUUCUCUUGCUUUGAGCUUUGAGCUUUGAGCUUUGAGCUUUGAGCUUUGAGCUUUUUGUAAUAUCUUGAGGAAGGGCAUUUUCUCCCAGUAUGGAUGCUUCCUGACUCAACCCAACAUUCCUUCGUUCGUGAGUGGAAAACUUCACCCGAGAUUUACUGAUGGGGUGUUUCCUUGGCUGUUUUGGGAUUUCUACAAAGAGGAAGCGUAGAAAACCAGCCAACCGGAUUCUCCCCGGAGAUUCACAGAGACUUGUUACCUAUGAACCCUUGGAUUCCUCUGUUUCGAUAAACCUUGACAUCCCAGAAGAACCCAUUGCCUCAAAUCCUCAGCUGUGUAAUAAGCCUAAGGAGCGGUUGAGCAUCAAAGUGAAGAAGAAAGUGAGCUUCAACUUGAAUGUUCAGACCUAUGAGCCGAUUCCGGCUGAAGAAACCACUACAUAUCAGUUUUUACACAGUGUUGAAGAGAAAGAAAGUGAAAAGAAUGGAGCAGAAGCAGGAAAAGGGAGCUUGCCCUCAAAUUCAUUGCAGAUGGGUUCUUAUCCUGCCAACUACAGAUACCAAAACUGUCGAGAAAGCUAUGAUGAAGAGGAUGAAGUGGCAUUUGAGGAAAGUGAUCCAGAAGGUGAUGAUUGUUAUGAUGAUGAUGAUGAUUAUUAUUAUGAUGGAGAUGAUAGUGAUGAAGUUGACAAAGAUGUUGAUGAUCAAAGACAAAGACAAGAAGAGUUCUUGGAUCAAUUCGACUCUGUAAGCAUGGAAUCAGCAAAGGGAGCUUCUUUGGUUCAUUUGGACGAGGACAAGGCCAGGAACAAAAUGACACUUUGUGCUUCAACAGAUGGAGAAUCGAAGUCUAUUGGGUGCGGAAAUGCAAGAAUCAGAAGCCAAUAUCUAUGUUCUGUAUUGAAUCCAGUAGAAAAUACUACCCAAUGGAAAGAAAUCAAAGCAAGAGCAGCACAGCCACCUACGCACUGGAGGAAGGAGAAUAUUGCGCUAGAAGAAGAACCACAAACACCCUUUAGUUCAAAGCUGAGUUCCAACUACUCACCAAAACGUAAUCAGUCAAGGCCUCUACUGGAGGACAUAGCAGUUGAUGCUAGCCUCUCAAACUGGCUAACUUCACCAAAUACUGAUGCGCCCAAAGCCAGGGGUAGCACCAAAAGUUGCAGCGUUGCAUUUGAUACCGUGUCAUCAAAGAAAAGCAUAUGCGACGGUUCAUUCUGUUGGAGAAGUAGAGAAGAUAGAGUGAUAUUAGAUAUCACCAACUUGGAGUCCUUAUAAAUCACAUACUCCAGUCCUUUCAAAGGUACAAGGAAAGUAUACGGAGCAAGCUAUGAAUUCAAUUUCAGCCUAUUCCCAAAGAGUGUUAUAAGAAGAAGAAGAAGCAGAAGCAAAGGCAGCAGCAAGUUGCUUCUCCCAUAUUCCAAGUUUAUAACACAAGGGUGUGCAAAAGUUUGGGGUGUUGUUUGUUUGUAUGCCGGUUUAUGAUUCUUUGAUUCAUUUCUGAUUGCUUGAUAAGAUUUGUUAAUGUCAGUAGCCUUUGGCUCUAUUGUUCAUGCUGUACUAUUUGUGUAAGGAUUGACCAAUGUGUUGAAGUUGAACCAUUUAAUUUCA